AUGAUGGAGGAGAUGCCAUUCUCCUGCCAGCUCAGGCUGCUGGAAUCAGAUUCUGCUGCUCAGAGGGUGAGGGUAACCUCAGAAUCUCAUGGGCUGGGAAGAUUUGACGAAGCAACGCAAGCCUCAGCCCUCCAAGCGCCUGGCCCGGGGUAUGUGACCCACGUUGUUACGGUGAGCACCUCUCUUCCUGCCCCUGCAGGGCUCCCACAGGCUCUGGCAGAGUCAUCCUCAUCACCCCCAGGAGUGGCAGUGACCCAUCUGGCACAGCCUGAGAAGAACGCGGGUGGAAUGGGCGCCCGUGAGGCUGCUAACACGGAGCCCACCAGGCAAGCAGCCUCAUGCAAGUCAGAGGAGGCGGGGAGUGCAGCUGAGCCCCCAGCAGGCGUGCGGUCCAUCAUAAAGCGCAGAGAGGAGUCCGCAGACCCCGCGGCCCACCGGAGGAGCCUGCAGUUUGUGGGGGUCAAUGGCGGGUACGAGUCCUCAUCUGAGGACUCUAGCACAGCAGAGAACUUUUCAGACAACGAGAGCACGGAGAGUGAGACCCCAGAGCCAAAGGAGAAGGUUCCAAGUGUGGCCGAAGCCCCCCAGCUCAGGCCCUCGGGGACGGCGGUGGCCAAGAGUAGCCAGGAGGAGAGCCAGCUAUCUCGGGAGUCUCAGCAGGCGCCCGUGGCAGAGGGCGCGUCAGGAGCGAAUGCAGAGGAGGAGAUCCGGAUGGAGCUAAGCCCCGACCUCAUCUCAGCCUGCCUGGCCCUGGAAAAGUACCUGGACAACCCCAAUGCCCUCACUGAGCGGGAGCUGAAAGUGGCCUACACGACGGUGCUGCAGGAAUGGCUGCGCCUGGCCUGUCGCAGCGACGCCCACCCCGAGCUCGUGCGACGCCACCUGGUCACCUUCCGGGCCAUGUCGGCGCGCCUGCUGGACUAUGUGGUCAACAUCGCCGACAGCAACGGCAACACGGCUCUGCACUACUCUGUGUCUCACGCCAACUUUCCCGUGGUGCGGCAGCUGCUUGACAGUGGUGUGUGUCAGGUGGACAAGCAGAACCGUGCUGGCUACAGCCCCAUCAUGCUCACCGCCCUGGCUACCCUGAAGACCCAGGAUGACAUCGAGACCAUCCUGCAGCUCUUCCGGCUCGGAAACGUCAAUGCCAAAGCCAGCCAGGCGGGGCAGACCGCCCUGAUGCUGGCCGUCAGCCACGGGCGGGUGGACGUGGUCAAAGCUCUGCUGGCCUGUGAAGCGGACGUCAACCAGCAGGAUGACGACGGCUCCACGGCUCUCAUGUGCGCCUGUGAGCACGGCCACAAGGAGAUCACGGGCCUCCUGCUGGCUGUGCCCAGCUGCGACAUCUCACUCACUGACCGCGACGGGAGCACCGCUUUGAUGGUGGCCUUGGACGCCGGGCAGAGUGAAAUUGCGUCCAUGCUGUACUCUCGCAUGAACAUCAAGUGCUCGGUGAGUGUCAGCCCUGGCGGGGGUGCGGGGAGGGGGGACGCUCUUCGAGGGGCCGAUGGUUAGGAAGGGCUGGGGCCGUAUGGGGCCCAUGCAUGUUGAACCUUCCUGGUGCCCCCGUGAGGAAAUGAGGCACAGACAGCUGAGAAUACAUGAUAGUAUUUGAACCUGGACCUGUCUGGUUCCAAAGGCUGGCUCUUAAUUACCAUUCACUCAUUCGAGAAAUAUUUACAGAACACCUGCUGCAUGACAGACCCUGGGGGCCACAGCCCCAAACCAAAGAGGAAACGGUUUCUGCCCCCACAGAGCAGGCAGAUACAAAAUAAACAAAUCAGUGUACCAUGACCAGGUGAUAGUAACUACUGGAAAGAAAUCUGAAACAGGAUAGGAGGGGACAGUGAGAGAUGGGGAGGUGCUGCAGACGUCGGGGAGUGAGCUGUGUGGCUGUCCAGGCAGAGGGAACCUGCAAAGGCCCUGAGGCGGGAGCGUGCUCGGUGUGUUUGAGGAGCAUCAGGGAGAUGAGAGCAAGGAGGUGACACCGUAGAUCAUGCAGGCCCUUGUGGGCCACAGUGAGGCCUUUGGCUUCUGCUCGAAGCAUGUCAGUGUAUAUUCAAGGCCUUGAGAUGUCUCCCCGUAAAGAAACCUAAACUGCGUCUAACUCGGCAUCGCUCUUAUUUGAGCACAGAAACCAGGGUUUUUAAGAAAUGAUGCGUGUUAGCAGAACACUCUCUGGAAGCCUAAGAGGAGGAUAAUUUUGAUACUUGCUGUAUCAUAAGCGCCUGAUGGAGGAGAGAGGCGUUCCAGUCUGAAGGGGGAGACAGAGGCACUCCUCAUAGGUCUCUAAAGCGAUACCCUUGUCUGACGGAGGAGACAAGCUCUUCCAGUCUGAGGGACCGUGCUCUAGGUGCCUCUCAGCCAUGAUUUCUUGAACCCUCCACAAGAGCCUGAUUCAGCUGCAUAAAGUACUGUUAUCUUUUCCGUUUUUCAGGUGGGGAAACUGAGGCUUAGAAUAUUUACACCCCCGGCCCAAAGUCUCACAGAUAGGAAUGGGGGAGGCCCCGAGAGCCGUCUGUCUCCAGACCUAGGGCAGGAAACUCACGUUCCUCCUCACUCUGCCUUGCCCUUGCCUCCCUGAGGCAUGUCUGCAGCCUGGCUCGAGGGUGGCAUGGUAGGUGUUGACCACAGUGACCCCCCCCCCCAAAUAGUCCAGGAGAGCGAGGGUCACUGAGAUAAGCCCUCCGUCGCCCACGUGACUUCCAGGUUCUUACUGAGGCUCUAGGUUUUCCCAGCUUCAUUCCCCAGAAUGUUUGGACACCUGGGACUCAGUUGUUGUGCUCAGGGCAUCACCUGGGGAUCAGCUCGGCCUCAGUUUCUUCAACUGAAAGAUGGGGGUGAUAGGGCCAGGUGAUGAGCUGUUGUCUGAUGUGUGGUCCCGCUCCCAGGGGCUCCUGAGGGCCAGACCCCAGUCCUCCAUCAUUGUCUACCUAGACCACUGUUACUGCCUCCACCCUGGCUCCCACCCUCACUGCUGCCUCCAGUCUGUACCUGCCCCC